CAAAAUGAAACUUCAUUAAACACCGCUCCCAGGAAGCAGCAUGGCGGCCGGCUCGAUUGAAAUCCCUCUCCGGGAUACAGAUGAAGUGAUCGAGCUCGAUCUUGACCAGCUGCCUGAGGGAGAUGAAGUUCUCAGUAUUUUGCGACAGGAAGUGGCUCCACUUCACAUCUGGGUCACUCUUGCUCUGGAGUAUUACAAGUCCAACUAUGUAGAGGACUUUGUGAAGAUCCUAGAUGCAUCCCGAACAGAUGCGGGACUGGACUACCCAAACUUCGAGCGUGAUCAGAUGCGAGCACUUGACACACUGGCUGCAUUUUAUGUACAGAAGGCCCACAAAGAGAAGAACAAGGACAAGAAGAGAGAACUGUUCACCCAGGCUACUCUCCUCUACACCACCGCUGAUAAAAUCAUCAUGUACGACCAGAGUCACUUGUUGGGGAGAGCAUACUUCUGUCUGUUGGAAGGAGACAAGAUGGACCAGGCUGAUGCCCAGUUUAACUUUGUGUUGGGACAGACCAGCAACAACAUUCCAUCAUUACUGGGGAAAGCUUGUAUUGCUUUCAACAAAAAGGAUUUCCGAGGAGCUUUGGCUUAUUACAAGAAAGCAUUGAGAACAAACCCCAGCUGUCCAGCAUCAGUCAGACUAGGGAUGGGUCACUGCUUUGUCAAACUUAACAAGUUAGAGAAAGCAAGAAUGGCAUUUGAGCGAGCUCUCCAGUUGGACCCCCAGUGUGUAGGUGCCCAGGUAGGAAUGGCCAUCCUUGAGGUGAAUGCCAAGACACAGGAGUCUAUUAUGUCUGGUGUUCAGCUUCUCUCCAAGGCUUACACCAUCGACUCAUCCAACCCCAUGGUCCUCAACCACCUCGCCAACCACUUCUUCUACAAGAAGGAUUACCAAAAAGUGCAGCAUCUUGCAUUACAUGCCUUCCACAACACAGAAAAUGAAGCCAUGAGGGCAGAGAGUUGCUACCAGCUGGCAAGAGCUUUCCAUGUACAGAAUGACUAUGACCAGGCAUUUCAGUACUAUUACCAGUCCACUCAGUUUUCCCCGUCCAACUUUGUUCUCCCGUUCUUUGGACUUGGGCAGAUGUACAUCUACCGUGGAGACAAUGAAAAUGCUUCCCAGUGUUUUGAGAAGGUGUUGAAGACCCAGCCAGGAAACUAUGAGACCAUGAAGAUCCUCGGCUCACUGUAUGCAAAUUCUCAGGACCUUGGAAAAAGAGACAUCGCCAAGCAACAUUUGAAGAAGGUAACGGAGCAGUUUCCAGAUGAUGUGGAGGCGUGGAUAGAACUUGCCCAGAUAUUGGAACAGACUGAUGUACAGGGAGCUCUGUCUGCUUAUGGUACUGCUACAAGGAUCCUUAAAGAGAAAGUGGAGGCUGAUGUACCACCAGAAAUACUUAACAACGUGGCCGCCCUUCAUUUCAGACUGGGUAACCUGCAGGAGGCCAAGAAAUGUUAUGAAGCCUCCUUGGAACGAUCAAAGAGUGACGCCCAGCAUGACGAGACCUAUUACAGUGCCAUCUCUGUGACAACGACCUAUAACCUCGCAAGGCUAUAUGAAGCCACUCAUGAGUAUGACGAGGCCGAGAGGCUAUACAAAAACAUUCUACGAGAACAUCCAAACUAUGUCGACUGCUAUCUGCGAUUGGGCUGUAUGGCCAGAAACAGAGGCCAGAUUUAUGAAGCUUCUGAUUGGUUCAAAGAAGCAUUGCAGAUCAACCAGGAUCACCCAGAUGCUUGGUCAUUGAUUGGAAAUUUGCACUUGACCAAGCAGGAGUGGGGACCUGGACAGAAGAAGUUUGAACGCAUCAUCAGUCGGCCCAACACCAAGAAUGACGCCUACUCACUGAUUGCCCUUGGCAACGUGUGGCUGUCAUCACUCCAUCAGCCAAUGAGAGACAAGGACAAGGAGAAGCGUCACCAGGACAGGGCCCUGGCUAUGUACAAACAAGUGCUGAGGAAUGAUGAUCACAACAUCUGGGCAGCAAAUGGCAUAGGAUGUGUCCUUGCCCACAAGGGGUGCAUCAAUGAGUCUCGUGAUGUUUUUGCCCAGGUACGUGAGGCAACUGCAGACUUUUGUGAUGUUUGGCUGAACAUCGCCCAUAUCUAUGUGGAGCAGAAACAGUUUGUGGCUGCUGUCCAGAUGUAUGAAAACUGCCUCAAGAAGUUUUACAAGUACCACAACAUGGAGGUGAUGGUUUACCUGGCCAGAGCCUACUACAAGUGUGGCCGCCUGCGGGAGUGUAAGAACAUCCUGCUUAAGGCACGCCAUGUUUCCCCCAGUGACACUGUACUACUGUACAAUAUUGCCCUGGUACAACAGAAGUUAGCCACCUCUAUACUGAAAGACGAGAAGAGCAGCCUUAAGACUGUCCUGUGUGCUGUCCGUGAUCUGGAACUUGCUCAUAAGUACUUCAGUUACCUCAGUCAACAUGGAGACCGGAUGAAGUUUGAUCUGGCUCAAGCCGAGGCAGAAGCUAGACAAUGUUCCGAUUUGCUCAGUCAAGCUCAAUAUCAUGUAGCACGAGCGCGGAAGAUUGACGAAGCAGAACGGGAAAUGAGAAAGCGACACGAGGAAGAGAGAGAGGCUAUCCGAGAGAAACAUCGUCAAGAUGAGGAAGAAAAGCAAAAGGUCAGGGUGGAGAAGGGUCGCCGUAUGAUGGAGGAACGAGCAAAGAUUGUAGAGAAGGCAAAGAAAAUUGCCCUGGAGCCAGAUAUUGAGGAUAAACCCCGGAAAAGUGGGGGAAGGAAAAAGAAGCACAAUGAUGAUGGCGAGAUCCUAUCGGACAGUGGGGAUGAAGCACCGAGGAGGAAAAAGAAAAAGAGGUUUGACAGCGGGUCUGAUGGUGAAGGGGACAGAGAUCGUGGCAAGAAGAAACGCAAGAGGGGAGGAGGAAAUAGGUCAAGGAGAGGAGGAGGAGAUGACAGCGAUGCUGAUGAUGAUGACCGUCCAGCAAGGAAACGAAGGGGAAGGAAGGAAAUGGGAUCAAAGAAGAAAUUGGAUGAGGAUGGACUCACAGCAAAACAGCGAAGAAAGGUGGUCUCCAAGGAGAUGAUAUCCUCCAGUGAAGGGUCCGACUCAGAAGGAGCAAGGCGACUCCGAAUUGAUGAUCCUGGCAGUGACUCUGAGAAGGAGGACGGUGUUGGAAGGAAUCGGCGAAUUCUCUCCUCUGCCAGCAGUGGUGAGGGUAGCGGCUCAGACAAUGAAAGACGUUCUGGCUCAGGCUCAGACAGCGGACGAUCACGUAAGAGUUCACGUUCUGGACGAGGCUCAGUCUCUGGGUCUGGUUCAGAGAAAGGUUCACCACGAAGGUCAGGGAGCGAGUCUGAUGGAGGGAGAAAAAGUGGAUCUGGUAGUGAGUCUGACGGAGGUCGAAGAUCAAGGUCAAAAAGUGGUAGUGAGGCUGGUUCUGCUCCAGGAUCACCAGCGGGGUCAGGAAGUGGUGGCGAGUCACCAGCUAAGUCUGCCGCGGAGGACAGUGAUUGAAACAGCACUUAUGGUUGUCUUAUACACCAAACCAUAACUUUUAUAAAAAAAAAAUCAAGAGAAAUUAUCUCUAUAUGAUUCUUGAAUACAAGAAAGUGCCUGCACACCAGGCUUUCAAAUUAUCAGAUUUUGCAUUAUGAAAUUUCACUAAAACUGUUAGUCAUGUCAUUGUAAAGUUGGAUACUAUGUUGAGUUGUUGGUAGAUAAUUUGUGUCUUCUGUGAGAUUUUGAUUCUUAAAAAAUUAUUGCCGCUGUAUAAAUUGUCAUUAUUGUACGCUUAUUGGACAGUGAAAUGAUUGACAAGUUGAUGUAAGGAGGACAGAGAUUACAAGGUCUUGAACUUGAUAUCUCAUUAAGGUAAACAUUGUAUGUUUGAUGUUUCAUGUAUUAUAAGCCUGAAGAUACAUAUUCGUGCCUGCGAUAUAUCAAGAUAACUCACAGAUGGUGUACAUAAAAACACCCAUGUUUCUGCAGAUUGUAAAAAACAAAUGUUUAUUAGAAAAUUUGAAUUAACAUGUGAUUAAUCCAAUAAAUCCCCAGGACAGAUAUGAGGAAUGUUCAACUCACAGUCAGUACAGGAAUAAUUGUUUGUAAUUUCAGGACUAUAAUAUUAAAAAUUGUUUUGAAGUUUGUCCAGAUAUAAGGUACACUGACACUAAUCUCAAUCCUUUACAGGGUUUAGAGAUUCUAUUAGUUACAGAAAGGAAUGACAGAUCAACCCUUGGUUUGAUGAGGUGUGAAUGUAAUGUAUUUGUUAUAACUCUCUUUGUCUUUAAAGUCAUGUAGUAAAAUGCUGGAUUGCCGCAUGAAUCCAUGAUACUCGCUGCUGGUGCAUAUACUGGAAUCAGAAGUGAAGUUUGGGAACAUCCUGGAAAUUAGGAAGGGAUACUGGAAGAGAAGGGAAGGGGGGGUAUACAGGAGGUGGGAGGGGGCAUCUUAGAAUCACCCUGACAGGAAAUGUUGGUAGUACACUGUAAUAUCAGUUUGACCAUAAACACAAUCUUGUUCAGACAAGCAGUCCCUCAGUGUCUUGAUUGCCUUGGAUUUGUUGGUUUAAACAUCAUCUGUUUAUGUGUAUCUGGCAUAUGACUUCAAUUUUUCAUUUGUAUUAGUGCACUCAGAGUCACUGUUUCAAGAAAAUCUUCAUAUCAUUAAAACUUCGUAUAAAAGUUAGGCACAAGUAUUCUUUGAACAAAUUUGUAUUAUUUGCAAUGACUCAUUUGCAUUUGUGUUCUUCAAGGUUCUCUGUUCCAUUUGAGGCAAAACUGUAGUGGUUAGAGCGACAGUAUAACGAUCUGAGGUCCAGGGCCGGGAGAAACGGUUAGCGCGACAGUAUAACGAUCUGCGGUCCAGGGCCGGGAGACAUGGUUAGAGCGACAGUAUAACGAUCUGAGGUCCAGGGGCGGGAGACACGGUUAGAGCGACAGUAUAACGAUCUGAAGUCCAGGGCCGGGAGACACGGUUAGAGCGACAGGAUAACGAUCUGAGGUCCAGGGCCGGGAGACACGGUUAGAGCGACAGUAUAACGAUCUGAGGUCCAGGGUUCAAAUCACUGUCCUGCUGAAUUUUUACACUGGAACACUAUUGUUGAUGAUAUUUUGUUUAUUUCAUCUUUAUUAUUUUUUCAAAGAAGUCCUGCAAGGUUUGGUUUUCUUUCCAGAUAUGAGUUAUCAAAGAUAUAGUCAUGCAUGGUACAUGGAUCCUCAGAGAGGUUAAUAAUCAGGAUACUAUGGCAGCCUAAACUGCAAUCAGUCCUCUUGACAUAAUCGUGUGAUGUAAUGAAUUUAAUUCGUUUUUUGGAAAUAAAUUUGACUUCCCAUCAUUGAC